AUGACAGGACUGCUGAAGAAACAAGGCAUCAUCCACAAGGUGGCGACAGCCUACCACCCUCAGACCAAUGGGCAAGCCGAGGUGUCAAAUAGAGAGAUCAAGCGCAUAUUAGAGAAGAUUGUGAAGCCUCAUAGGAAGGACUGGAGUGCUCGACUGGCAGUUGCACUGUGGGCUUAUUGGACUGCAUACAAGACACCAAUCGGAAUGAGUCCAUUCCGUCUCAUCUACGGGAAGGCUUGUCACCUACCGCUAGAGGUGGAACACAAGACAUACUGGGUGGUGAAGGAAUGCAACCUAGGAUUGGAGGGAGCCAGCAUUGAAAGGAAGCUGCAACUUCAAGAAUUAGAGUGCCUUCGACUAGAGGCGUAUGAGAACUCACGACUGUACAAGGAAAAAGUGAAGGCGGUGCAUGAUAGGAAUAUCAAGAGGAGAGAGUUCAGAGCUGGGGAUUUAGUCCUCCUCUACAACUAA